CCCCCUCCGGCCCCCCGCCAGUCACCCGCCAACACGACCAGCAUCAGCAGUCACCACAGCCUCCUCCAGCAACAGUCACUACCACCUUCUCCUCCUCCUCCAGCAAGUCCCCAACUCCUUCCCCCUUCUCCAGUAGUAGUCACCACCACCACCCCCUCUUCCAGCACAGCAACAGCUGCAGCAGUCACCACCAUCUUCUGCUCCAGCAGCAGUCACUACCACCUCCUCCUCCAGCAGCAGUCACCACCACCACUUCCUCCUUCAUCAGCAGUCCCCACUAUCCCCUUCACCAGUCACCACCACCCUCUCAUCCUGCAGAAGUCACCAUCACCCCCUCCUCUAGCAGCAAUCACCACCACCUGCUCCUCCAACAGUACUCACCACCACCUCCUCCUCCAGCAGUCACCACCACCUCCUCCUCCAGCAGUCACCACCACCUCCUCCUCCAGCAGUCACCACCACCUCCUCCACCUCCAGCAUCAAACACACACCAACUCCUUCAAGAACAUACAGGUGUGUAGUAAUGGCUGACUGUGGAGGUAGCAAGACCAUGGAGAAUGUGGCUGAGAAGGAGGUCCCUAAGACAGCAGAAGAGAAAGUUAACAAGGCUGCCGCUGUUGUUGGGAAAGAAGCAGGAAGUACUGCAGAGGCGACUGAAUGUGAGGGUGCCAUUGGUGGGAUGAGGGACCCAAGCAUCAGGAAGGAAGCUGAAGACAGUGAUGAGGAAGACAGUGAUGAGGAAGACUAUGAUGAUGAGGACUAUGAUGAGAGUGAUGGAGAAGACAGGGAGGGAUUCAUGACUAUGCUGCAGAGUUUUCUCAUGAGUAAACUUGACCUGAGCAAAGAUGCAGACAUUCCCAAGGUGCUGGAUGAGGUGACAGUGGAAGCAGUCGUUAAGUACAUCAAGAGUGGAGAGUGCAAGAGCAUUAUUACAAUGGCAGGAGCCGGCAUAUCUACGUCUGCAGGUAUCCCCGAUUUCCGCACACCCGGUUCAGGGCUGUACAGUAACUUGGAGAAAUAUAACUUGCCCUUCCCAGAAGCCAUCUUUGACAUAGAGUUCUUCAAGACUAAUCCACAGCCCUUCUUUGUGCUGGCCAAGGAGUUGUACCCAGGUGCCUUCAACCCGACACCUUCUCACUGGUUUGUUCGUCUGCUUCACGACAAGGGACUUCUUCUUAGGCACUACACACAGAACAUUGACACUUUAGAGCAUGUGGCAGGACUCCCAGCAGAGAAGACAGUGGAGGCUCACGGUACAUUCCGAACCUCUCAUUGUAUUGCAUGUCGGAAGGAAUACAGCCAAGAGUGGAUGAAAGAGGAAAUUUUCAAGGACAGCAUCCCAACUUGCAGUGAAUGCAGUGGUCUUGUAAAACCAGAUAUUGUCUUUUUCCGGGAGAAUCUUCCACCACGAUUCUUCCAUUGUGUGCAGUCUGACUUCCCAAAAUGUGACCUUCUUAUCAUACUGGGGACGUCCCUCACUGUGCAACCCUUUGCAUCUCUAAUCGACAACGUCCCACCAUCAUGCCCACGACUGCUCAUCAACCGAGAGAAGACAGGAUCCGUGGACCCUGUGAUGGCAAUUCUUCAUGGGAUCUUCACUGGCGGCCUUGCCCUGGACUCGCCCAACAACAAGCGUGAUGUUGCUCUGCUCGGUGACUGUGAUGAUGGAUGUAAGACCUUUGCCGAGAUGCUUGGGUGGAAGGAGGACUUGGAGAAGCUAGUUGCCACGAAGAAGUAAGCUAAGCUGAAACAUUCUGACAUUGAACCAAGAGAAGAUGAAUAAAGCAAGAGGAAAAAGGGGUUUUCACAGUGGCGGUUUUGUGUGAAUAUUGUGGUUGUAACUAUGGGGAACAGAGUGUGAAUUUGAGCUUGAGAAAAUUAUUCAGAGACUGUCAAGAACUGGAAGUACAUGUGGAGUUACAUCACUAAUAUUCACAGUAGUGGCUGUGAAUCGGUUAUUAUCCAGUGAUAUGUAGGUUAGGUUAUUGUGUGUGUGUGUCUUCUUCUCAGUUCACUAAGAAUUGAGAGAACUUAUAUGAGUAGCAUAUAGAGUAACCAUCCAACCUUUUGCAUUAUAGGGGGAUUGUGGGUAGUUACUGCUAAUUCUUGAAUUGUGCAGCUGUUAAUUCUGUCCCAACACGUGCUGUUAACACAGGUCAUGCACUAAAUAACAUCUGUUUCAAAUCUGUAUUAUAGAUACAAUUAAAAAUGUAGUUGGUGCAGUAUAUUACAAUGAUGGUGAUACAGUAAAUGUAUUUUACUUUACAUUAUAGUGUAACCUUAGGUACAGGACUGUCCAGUAAAAUGAAGGAAAAAUCUUGUUGUUAUAUUUAAGUUUUAGGAUGUUGAAUGUCUCGUCAUUUCUCUGGUUUUUAAUUAUUGGUCAUUGUUAAUACAGCGGUAGCGUACGUAUCUCUCACCACUGUGUCUUGAGUUUCGGUCUUGGCUCUAAACAGAUGUGGGAAGGUGUUAUCCAGUGUGACCUUACCAAACAUCACAGGUUUCCUAUUGUACUAACGCUGGACAAUAAAAUUCAUAACAGAGAACAGACCAUCUGCCUAAAUGGCUAGUAAGCUGAUAAGUGGUGAAAUGAUAAAUUGAAAAGUAUAGAAAUUGUGAAGAAUCACAACACAUCCUUUCGUAAUUUGAUUUUAGGUUGUGUUGAUUUUUGUAGCAAAUUAUCAUGAAUCUCAAAACAAAUUUAAUGCAGAAGAAUGGAUGGUUACUGCAAGUGGACAAUGUGCUAUAGCAGCAUCACUUGUACACAAGCCUAUCUCUAGUCUGGCAUGAGUGGUUGUAGGGCAAACUGGGCAAAUCAAAAUUUUGGACUGCUAAGUGUCCCUCCCCAUGGUGUGCAUCAGGGGCAUACCUAUGUGAAGAUAAUGAUUCAUAAGAGUCAACACUAGUGCUACUACUGUACUCAUCUUUUUCACAACACUUAGACCAACUUAAAUUAAAAAGGUUGGGAAGAGCUUUUGUCUUUUUCUGCCCAGAUCUCUUCCACUGGGGAUCACCAUUAUGGGAGUGUCAUUCAUGGCAUUUAUCUUUGAUGGUUUUAUAUCUACUGGUACCUGUGUUGGACCUCUUCUCCCUCCUCGUGUGAAUCAGUUAAACAGAGGCCGAGUAAUUUCACUUCACUUGGAAUUUAGUGUCAGUAUGUUGCCAGACUGAUGAUUAAAGUUAAUAUUGAGGUUUUGGUCUUUCAAAUCAGACCCCUGUGCUAGAGUAUUGAGAGCUACAGUCUGUGAAAAUUUAAAGUGCUCGACUCCCAAGAUGCUAGACGAGAAACAGGCUCGUGUAUUUUUGUUCCUUACCGGUGAAACAGAAGGGAACUUAGGAUUGAUACUUGUUUGUCAGUCUCUCUCUUUAUGUUUGUCUGUCAACAGCAUUUACCCGGUAUGUGUGAUCACCUGUAUCAAUUUCAUUCAUGUAUGAUAGGGUUACCAUAUGUCCGUCUUUUCUUUUUUGGUCCUUAAAUCUGUCCGGGAGGAAUUUUUAAAUAUCCUAAUGCGUCCGGGAUUUUGCCCUUAUUAUUUUUCCCCCAAAGCUUUCGAUGCAAAAUUGACCAUGAUAUAAAAUAAGGUUUAAAAUGUUCAUUGGUUCUUGGGAGAAUGAGAAUGUUGAUCAUUCGAGAGAGAGAGAGAGCGGACGUGUGUUUAUUAUUGGUCCUGGAUUUGUCUAGUUCGCUGUACUGUUCAAUUUUCGUCCUGGACAGGUAGAAUUUAUCAAUCCUUCCUUCCCUGGCCUAGCCACAGUGCUAAUUUCAGUGUCUUAUCUGAGUCCAUACUGUGUAUAGAAGCAUUUCUUCAAGAGAUCUUAUUUGAUAUUUUAAUUUGUUAUCCCUAAACACAAUGACAAAAUUAAGUGUUUUCAAAGUGGCAAAUUAACACGCGAAUGAUUUACAAACUCGGACUCAGACAAGCACAAGAAAGCAGUUCAAGGAGAGUUCAUCAACAAAAUUGACAGAUUAUUUUGUAAAACCAGGCAGCAAAUCAGAGGAUGCUUUUACUGUAGCCUAUAUAACACAUUAUAUAACAUUAAUACAACGUGAGUUUGUUGAUACUGGUACAAAUACCUCCCUCCCCUCUCUUGGUGGAGUUUCCAUUUUUUUAAUGUUGAAAUAUGGUAACCGUAUUAUAUAACAUGUGUACAGGUUCAAGAUUGUAGUGAGCUGAUUAUGAUUUUUCAUUGGGAGGAUAUCCAUAAAGAGUGACUCUGUAUAACACUGUCUUUCAUUGUGUUAGAGUUAACUGUUUGGGGAUGGGAUGCAAGACAAGAGGCACUGGUAAGGAACAUAAAUUGCUGCGCAGAACUGUACUUCAAUAUCUUGUACUGUACCAUAUAUUGUAGUAUUGUAUAAGUUUAUAAUAAGUCUGUGCAUGGUCAAUAGAAGUAUGAAAUUUCUUAUGUACACAGGAAUUUGUUCACCCCAAGUUUGUGAAAUUAAAGUUUGGGUAACUUAACACUUUAGAUUGUUGAACUAUAUAGCCAGACAACUUGAGUUAAUGGUUGGAUAACAAAAGUUGUGCGUUUGUAAAAUAUAUCCUUUUAUUGAUAGUUAUUUAAACCUUUUUUCACACUUUGUGUGGCCAAGAAGUAAAAUGCUAUUGCCUAUUACUGCAAGAGCCAUAUAUAGGAAGACUUGUAUUUUUUCUCCAAGAUCUCAUGAAAAUAUUGGGAUAACUUGAGAAUUUGGACAUUUCUACACCGUGAUAUUGAUUACAUUAAAGUGAAGGAGUUUUCUAUUGUUACUAUGCAAAAAAAAAAAAAAAAUGCUGAAGUACUUCAGUGUAGCUUGCCUAUGUAAAAAUGUGUUUAGUUAUAAGACUUAGGUUUGUGCCACAGUGAUAUCAAUGCUGUAAUAGGUGAAAAUGCUUGAUACACUAAUAAUUGGACGUUCAUAUACAGUAUAUCAAUUUUCUUGAGAAUUUAUGCAUACAAGCCUUUUUCUGCUAUGAUGAGAAUAACUUAUAAUAUUCUCUCAUUUUCUAUAUAAUAAUGCAGACUGUUUUGAGAGGACCUGGCACUGAUUAUAUCAUUUAGUAGAAUUCUUCAGCCUUAACAAAUAUGUAAAUUAUUGUAAAAUGAAACUAAUGAAUUAAGUUAAAUACUCUGAUUAAAAAGACAUUAUUUUACCAAGAGUGAAAUAUAAAGUAGAUGAAGCCCUUUUAUAAGUAUUUAUCCAUGUACAGAAGCCAGUGGUAUUAGUGGUGACAAGAAUUUGUAUUGUUUUGUGGUAUGUAUAUUAGUGUAAACUAUAAGAGGAGCCUUAGCUAUCCUGUACUUUAUUAGUGACAUUUGUAAACUGUUAGACAUUGAGAAAAGUUCAAACUUAUGGACAAACUUUGUUGAUGGGACAUAGUAGUUUAUGGACUAGGCAUGAUUGUAUUUUGAGUGACCAUUGCUGUUUAUAGAAAGCACACAACCAGUCACUUGUUUCAUGUAAAGGUUCUGAACUAAGCUAAUCCUUCACACAUAAGAUUUGACAUUUUAUGGAAGUAUUAGAAAUGCCAUGAACAGUUUUAAGGCCUUGUAGGACAAGACAACCUUGCUGGUUUGUGUUAAAUCGGUUAGCAGUGGUCAUGGGAAGAGUUUAUGAAUGACAGUCGAAAUGCAGCUUUUAAUAAGUGAAAAGUACACUACAAAUUGCAUUAAAUAAGGAAUGAUUGUGCAUUAACACUUUAUUAUAAUGAUAUUGAAAGCUUUACAAAAUAUGAAAAAAGUUUACCAAUAAAAGGAGCACCAAAA